GCUGUCUUUAGACUUUGUUUCAUUUGUCCUUUUCCCAUAACAUUUGUCAGAUCAAGGAACCACUGACUUGGAAUGAUAUUUGCAUACGCCGUCGAAUCGAAUUCUUCACAUAUAUUAUUACUAAGUUGAACAUGUCGACAGAACGCAGGCCACCCAUAAUUAUAAAGCCCUCCACGCCACCGACGGAUGUCUCUAAUUCUGCAGCCUUCGUAUUUGUCCAUGGGCUUGGCGACGAAGCAGAAGGUGUGGAGGAUAUCGCCCGCCAAUUCCAAGCAGCGGGCAAGCUGCCACAUAUGACCUGGUACCUGCCGACGCGACUGUCUCCUUAUCCGCCCUCUAGGCCAGAACUCGAAGAAGACGAAGACGAGGAGGGCAUGCUAGCUACGGUGCAGUAUCUGACAACCUUGAUCGACGACCUGGUCCAACAGGGGUUCCAAGAGAGUAGGAUUGUGCUGGGAGGGUUCUCGCAGGGGCAUGCGAUGGCCAUACUCACUGGCCUCGUCUCUAAAUACGCUGGAAAGCUGGGCGGUCUAGUCGGGCUGUCUGGGUAUCUACCACUAUCGGAGAGAAUAUCAGCUUUGAGAAAAGAGGCAGGCUUGUUGGAGAUGGUGAAUGACAAUGUCGAGAUCUUCCUGGCAAGGGGAACAGGUGAUAGGCUUGUACCGAAGCGGUACCAUCGGUCAUGUUAUGAAACUUUGCAUGGGUAUGGGGUUAAAGAGGAGUAGGUGACACUGAAGGAGUAUGAGGGAAUGGGUCAUGUUAUGAGUGGUCCCGAGUUAAGAGACCUGUGCGCGUGGCUUGAGAGGAUUGUUCCUGAGAACUCAUAGCAAUGAAUCGAU